AUGCAAUCUGACACCGUUUUAAAACGUGUGGCUGCAAGAGUGGGCAGAGCUUGGGAUUUUACGUCCUCUCAUUGGCUGGGCCUUACUGGCUUGAUAAUCCCCGGAUCCGGAAGUGCCAAGGGGAAAGCACGUGGGUGGAGAAGUGCAGGGAUGGAGAGCGAGCAGAAGAGAUUCGAUUCAGGCGAGCUCCCUUCGCUGCGACGGAUCAUCUGCGAACAGGGCUUGCUUUCCAGGCCUGAUGGCUCCGCUUCCUGGAUGCAGGGAGACACUUCAGUGCUGGCUGGAGUGUAUGGGCCUACAGAAGUCAAGGUCAGCAAAGAGAUCUAUGACAAAGCCACCCUGGAAGUGAUGCUGAGGCCCAAAGUGGGCCUACCAGGUGUCUAUGAAAGAAGCAGAGAGCAGAUGAUCAAGAAGACAUGCGAGGCAGUGAUCUUGGGCGCUCUGCAUCCCCGUUCUUCUAUUACAGUUGUGCUUCAGGUCAUUACAGAUGCUGGUUCUCUCCUUGCAAGUUGCUUGAAUGCUGCCUGCAUGGGCUUAAUGGAUGCAGGGCUGCCCAUGAAUUCUUUGUUCUGUGGAGUGACGUGUGCCUUGGAUGCAGAUGGCAACAUCACCCUGGAUCCCACGGCAAAGCAUGAAAAGGAAGCCAAGGCAGUCCUGACAUUUGCCAUUGACAGCACUGAGAAGAAGGUGUUGAUGUCAACCACGAAGGGGACGUGUUCGGUUGAACAGCUCCAGCAAUCCAUUGCCGCCUCACAGAGAGCUGCCGACACCAUUUUCCAAUUCUAUCGUGACUCCGCUUGUAGGAAGUACUCCAAGUGGUAAUUUCACCAAUGAGUGGAAAGGAACUGGAGUGAUCUACUGAGGAAGGAAGGUUGUGUUUCAGAUGCUUUCCUGGCCCAUCCUUCUCUCCAAAGGACAAAGGUGUAUGAUCGGACUGUUGUUAACCCAGGAAGCAGGGCACACUGAAGACAGUGCUGCAGAAUACUGGGAAGAGAUGGGCAUUUUACUUGCCCCACACUUCUGUAGAGUCAAGGACUCCCCAGUGCCAUAAGGCUCACUGUCCUUCCCCCUUCCCUUUUCUUAGCAUGUGCAUUUUUUACAUUCUGUUAUAUCUUGCUGGGCAUUGUGCUUCUCUUUUAUUUCAGGAAAAGUCAUUAUUAUUUCUGCACAGGUUCUCAGGGGGCUGCCUCAUCUCUGGCCUAGCUGUAAGUGCAGAUAUUUCUUUGUGAUCUUUUUUUGCCUGAAAUAAUGAUUUUGAAAUCAUCUAAAGAGCACUGCUUUGCUUCUCUUCUCUCUUUUUUCCCCCUUCUGGGCUGCAAAGCUGUUUUCACUUGCUCUAAUAAAAUAAAAGAACUCCGCAGCUUGAAAGGAACCAAUAUUAGUGUUCCCAAGAAUUACUCUCAAAUAGUGGAGCCUUCCCUAGUCCCCUGUGAGCGAUGUAGUGAAGGGGCAAGACUGGGAAGAGAAAUGGUAGGAGUGCCAGACAGUGGCAUUCAAGUCAAGAUCGAGGUUCAAAUCCCCACUCAGCAGUGGGAAAAAAUGGAGUGACUCAGGCUAAUUAACAAUCCUUCAUCUCAACUUACUUAAAGAAUUGUUUCGAGAAUUAAGAUGGGAUGUGUAGCCCACUCUAAGCAUCAAUUCAUGUUAUUAAAAUUGUAUUGUUUUA